AUGGCCGAUGGAGUGAAAAUUGGCCGAUCGCGAGCAAGUAAAAUGGCCGACAAUCCAAAUCACGGCAUUUACCGCGGCCACCGGCUCAAAUCACCUCCAUCAAGCCUCCACAUCGCAUCUAAAGAAGAAAAUCCAGAUUGGAACGAGCAGAAUUGGAGAAGACCGACGGAAGACGUUCCCGGAGCCAAUUUGAAAUUUUUUCAAAAAGAUCUAAAACCACUCGUUCAAACGACCCCAAAUUCACCAGUCGCCAUAUUAUACAAUAUUGGUCGACGAAAUUUCAAGAUAGGUCGAGGAAAUCUUAACGGUUCGAGCUGUAGUCCAUACCAUCACCAUCCGGUCGACCAGAACGGACCAGUCUCGGCCAAAAAGGCGAAAAACAGAAAACCAAGGGAGACUUGUCACAUUCAUCCAACCAAAUCCAAAGGCUAUGACGUUUGCACCAGUCAGAUCAAUCCUGGAAGCAACCUCAUAUGCACAACCGAUCUUCACAUCAAGGGCCAAAAAUUUAG